UUAGGAGGUGAGAUGACUACCUCCGCUAAAAACGAAAUAAAUAGUAGAUAGUUAUCAACGUAAAAAUUGAAAAGAUAAGUAAUUAUUAGAUAAGAUUUAAAUUAAAUUUAGAUGCUCAUUCAUCGAGGGCUUAUCUUGCUCAUAUCGAAAAUUGUAUUUGAAUAUUUGAUUAUUGUUUGUCUUACCAUUGACUAGUAAAAAGCUGUUAUAUUUUUAUGAUGGGAAAUUCUUGUAAAAAAUGUAAUUCUAUACAACAUUCCAUUGGAGAAGAGGAUCUGUAUGAUCCGAACUUAUUAAAAAAUCUAGAUUGGACUUCUGUGCAAUCUAGUUUGAAUCCUGAAAUAAGUAGUGACAAUCCGGGAGAAUCAUGGAUUGUAGUAAGACCUUUAAAACUAUCCGAUUACGACAAAGGUUUUCUGCAAAUCUUGUCUCAACUAACCGAAGUUGGAAAUAUUGGAAAACUCGAAUUUGAACGCCAGUUCUGGAAUAUGCGUAAAGCUGGAGGAUAUUAUGUAACCGUCAUAGAAGAUACCAGGAGUAACACUAUUAUUGGUUCGUCAACAUUAAUAACAGAAUUUAAAUUUAUUCAUGACUGUGCUUUACGAGCACGUUUAGAGGAUGUAGUCGUCAAUAACACUUAUAGAGGAAAACAACUAGGAAAACUGAUUGUCUUAACAGUUACCCUACUAGCAAAAAGAUUGGGAUGUUAUAAAAUGUCCUUAGACUGCAAAGAUCCACUGAUAGCGUUUUACAAGUCCCUUGGAUAUAAACUGGAGCCAGGAAAUUCCAACUCGAUGAUGCUGAGAUUUGAAAAAGUUGAUCCAUCCUGACAAUUAGCCGCCAAUGCAUCCCAAAAAUCAAAACUUUAAAUUAGCUGAUCUGUUCUUAUUCAUGUUCAUGCCAAUUAUUGGUUUUCAUCAAAAUAUGUUUUCACUAUUCAAUCAUUAAAAUAUUUUUUCACUAUUCAAUCAUUGGACUGAGUAAUCAAAUUUUACAAAUAGUUAAAUUUUUUUUAUUUGCUAUGGAUGCAUUGGUGCUUCGGGACCUUAUUUUAUUUUUGUAGUUAUUUUUGUAUUAACUACAUCACUAAUAAAUAUUUUUAUUUAAGAA